ACAAGUGUGUAAUGGUUUACCUUCCCUCCUGCCUCACCUUAACAUUACCGAGGUAUUCCAGCAAAGAGUACCGCAGUAAGAGCCGGUGAUGUUGGUUUAUCUUAGUGAUAUCAAGUUAUAUUAUAGGGAAAUACUUCGUCAGAGUGUAUUUUACGGUGGUUAUUAUAGAGGCAAAGCGAUACCUGGAGAUGACUGAUGAUUUUUUCGACGAUGUUUGUGAGAAAAUUGAGGGUUUCAAGCCUUUUCUGGACAGCACCAGCUACCCUCACAAGACCAUCUCCAAGGAGUAUUCGGACAUCGUGAACCAAAGCAAGAAACAGGAGCUGAAAGAGGAGGAGAAGACAGACAAACACUCAGAGAAGGAAUCCCAAUACUCAGAUUCACUCCAGAAUGAUGCGGAAAGCGGAGAAUCCAGCUGCACAAACGACGUCUCACAGCCUUCCACAGCCUCCCACACACAGCACUCCCACACCGACAUGACUAAAGACGACACCGAAGACGAACAAGAGGCUUCAAACUCCCAAAAUACGGACGAAAAUACGGAAAGUGACGAAUCUAGUAGACAUUCUCUCUCUACCACAGUCUUACAAUCAAAGAAAACGGAUUCUGAUCCCAGGGAUGACUACUCAGACUCUGAGGAACUGCUGCAGCCCAGCAACAGUUUGGAAAAAGUGGAAAAACAGACAUAUUAUCAGAGAAGCGAAGACAGUGCGAGCACCAGAAGCAACUCUGAGGAACACCAAGAAAGAAUAAAGAUGGAACUCAUCAAGAAAUGCGCACGAGAGAAGGAAAAGAGAGCUCAGGCAAUUGCGACAUGGGUACAGAGGAAGAGACGAGAACAGCGUCUCAGACGGAGGGAACAAGAGAAGGAAAGGAAGAAAAGAGCGAAGAGCGGGGAAAGAAGAAAAGGACGGGAAAGGGAAAAAGGAAGGGAAAGAAGAAGAAAAGAAGAUAUAAAGCAGGGGAGGAAACGGGAAGAAGAGGAAGCUGUGAAGAAGAGAGAGAAGAGGAGAGCAGACAGCAGAGAAGCGUACAGCAGGUGGUUGGUCUCACACCCACACCACAGCAGAGAUGUCACUUCUCAGGCCCAUACAGGAGACAGGACAGUGUUUUAUUACGACCGUUCCAAACCCACACCGCCUGUGUUUGUUAACCCACAGCCAUGGAGAAGACUUUAGUUGUACGUUUAAUAAACCCAAAGUGCCUAAAAAACCCGAAUUUAUAUAUUA